UGGUAGUAAUGAACGCUAUUCGAGUCCUGGGCGUGACAAGCUUGAAGUUGCGCCUCUCAUUCUGUGCUAUCAGCACUUUCACAUUCACCAGCACACACAGGAGAGCCUUCACAAUGGCAGAACACUUCACUGAACAAAUAGUAUUUAACAAACCAAAGAUUGAGCUGCAUGUGCAUCUUGAUGGCGCUAUCCGAGUGGAGACGAUCCUAGACGUUGCCAGGCGACGUGGGAUUACCCUGCCUGCAGGCACAGUGAAGGAGAUGACACACCUUUGUGUGGUGCACCAGCCUGCCACGCUCACAGAGUUCCUCGGCAAGUUCGCAGAGUACAUGCACGUCAUUGCUGGUGACAGAGAGGCGAUCAAGAGGAUAGCCUAUGAGUUUGUGGAGGACAAAGCCAAAGAGGGGGUGAUCUACGUUGAAGUCAGAUACAGCCCACACUUUCUGGCUAACACUGACGUAGAACCCAUUCCAUGGAACCAAAAAGAAGGUGACUUGAGCCCAGAUGAGGUUGUUUGCUUGGUGAACCAGGGUCUGGCCGAGGGAGAGAAGGCAUUCAACAUCAUAGCCAGGUCCAUUCUGUGCUGCAUGCGCCACAUGCCAAGCUGGUCCAAGGACGUGGUGGAGUUGUGUAAGAAGUACAAGAAGGAUGGAGUGGUGGCUAUUGAUCUGGCAGGAGACGAGUCACUCAACUGUGAGGCCUACCCAGGACACAGGAUGGCCUAUGAGGAAGCUGAGAGAUGUGGGGUCCACAGAACAGUCCAUGCUGGAGAGGUAGGCCCUGCCUCUGUGGUGAAAGAGGCUGUGGAGGUCCUGAAAGCAGAGAGAAUAGGACAUGGCUACAACAUACUGGAGGACCAAGUGCUGUACAAACAACUCCUGGAGCAGAAUAUGCAUUUUGAGGUGUGUCCCAUAUCCAGCAAAUUGACUGGAGCCUGUGAUCCAGACUUCACCAAGCAUCCUGUCAUCACCUUCAGAAAGGAUAAGGCCAACUACUCCCUGAACACAGACGACCCUUUGAUUUUCAACUCCACCCUGCACUUAGACUACAGCACUGCCCAGAACUACAUGGGCUUCACCGAGGAGGAAUUCAAGAGACUGAACAUAAACUCCGCUAACUCCAGCUUCUUGCCUGAGAAGGAGAAGAAGGAUCUUAUUAACAAGUUGUACGAAGCCUAUGGAAUGGUGGAGAACACUGGCUUUUAAAUUCAGUACUGAUCAGAGCUGCAACAACCCAGGCACCAACCACUUUGCCAAGUAGGAUAGGUUGUAUAGACUAUUUGAAUCAUCAUGCCAACAACUUACAUUUCCUUUGGUGGAAAUAGAGUUCUUACCCCACAUUUUAAAAUAAAUUGGGAAUGCUUCAGGUAAACCAGCUCUAUACCAAAAAUGAUCAAAAAUGUAAUGUAGUCCUAGUUGUGAGCACUAGGUGACAUACUAUCUACUGCUGUACUGUUCUCACUUGGUGGAGAGUAAAGCCUUCUGAAGUGGUCUUACCAUUUUUAGAGUAACUUCUGUAAGAGGCUUUUCUCAGAGGUCAUUUUUGCAUUUUACUAAUUGAAAAGCAGUUCCAUUUAAUACAUUUCUUCCAUUGAGGACAAUGACAUUAAAAUACGAGCAAAAUCUACAAUAAAAACGCUUUUGCAUCUUAAAAUUGUCAUUGAAGGAGUAUCAGAAUCAACUGCAAUAUGGACCUUACCUCGCUAUGGACAGUUUAGUUCAAAUGUAAACCACUUGAGUGGCAGCUCUUACAGAGCAGCAGCAUAUCUUACUGGAAAAGCCCAGGCUGGACCCAGGAACAUAGUGCUUGCUCAUGAGUACCACUUCACUCAAACACUUCUUCUCCUUUACCAAAACAAAAUACAACAUGGAGGUUCUAGGGCGCUGUCCUAUGCUGUAAAUUGGCUUCCUGUGACCACUCCAAUGUACACUAAACUGCAUUAGGAAAUAUUGAUGAUAACCUCAAAUAUUCAACUUCCAUCAGCGAUGGGUGUCUUUGAACGGGCACAUCUUGGCUAACGUCAGUGUUUCAAAAAAUCUAUAGAAAACUGCACCUCUACUUGAGAACUAAAUAAAUCCCGCUAGCAGUAUUCUGACCACUGAAAGUACAAGUUCUGACCACUGAAAGUAGCUUCACUGAAGAAAAUGAAAGACUCCUGGAGUGCCUCAGGCAGCAAUGGUAUUCUGAAGAUAAGAUUACAGUUGUGCCAACAGCAAAAGUAUGCACAUACCGUAACAGAAGAUACAUAAACAUUUUAUUACAGAAAAGAAAUGACUAUCACAAAAGGUAUCAGAGAAUCAUUUGAAAUAAAUAUGAUACUACAAUUAUUAUUGUAAAACAAAAGAUAAAAUGUUAAACACAAAAGAAAUGGCAAACAUGAUUAUAGAUUCUGCGUAGCUCAUUUUUGAUGAUAGUUCCAUGUUAGGUUUGGAACAACAUUUCAUUCUAAGAAAGGAUAGUGUUCAGUACAUCUGGAGAGACAUAGAUCCAAAGUUUGGUACAUUUCCUUUACCACUGUAGCCCAGCAGCACCUCUAGGCCAAGAACAGAUGUAGUCCUACUUGUGAACAACUGUUCUGUCAACUACAUUUCCCACAAUGCCAAUUGAUAAAGGAGAAGGAUCAUGCAGCUGGACCAGCAAAGCUCCAUCAAAGCUACACAGUGAGAGAUGUCAUCACUGUUGAGUUAGGAGAGGGGUAGGGUCUAGUCAGGCAGGACAUUCAGGAGAUCCUCUCUGUCUUAUUCUGUCCCUUCUUCUCUGUGUCCCGCUCUCCACUCCUGUGAGGUGGUUUAGGAUGGGCCCUCGCCUCCCUGGGCCUCUUGGCUGGUCAACCCUUCACCCUCAGGGGCUGGUGAUGCACCAGAGUCUCCUUCUGAAAGACACAGGAAACAUGGUCCAUUAAAAACAAAGAAAGUGCCCACAAUUGUCAAUAGAUUGGAGAUGGCUUGGGAGAGAAGGCAGGAGGUAAUGCUGACUAAGUGAAUGAAGAUGUAGAACACAAACACCUGGCUAUAUCUAUCUAUACACACACACACACACCACACACACUCACCCGCCACCUUCAGGUCCAGCCCUUCCAUGUCUUUGGUUAAUUCACUGGUGCUGCCUGCUGCCCCCUGUCCCUGUAUGUCAGGUACUGCGUUCCUGCGGCCUGUACGAUCACAGUUGAUGAAGUCAGAGUACGGUGUUGUUGUCUCCACAUCCAUUAUCUGUCCAUGAUCAGACACCUCAUUACACC